UGCGUCCGAAUUCAGCUGGCAAAACUUUCAUGAUGAAGAUGUCAAACGCCAGUUUAAUAUGGUAACGGAUCUUGAAACAAGUGCUCUGGACAAAUCAAAGCUGGAGAGGCUGAAUAAUGUUCAAGCAGAGUUAAAGAAAAUUUACAGUUCAGGAGAGGUCUGUAAUAUCACUGGACAUGGUUGCCUACAGAUGGAACCAGGGCUUACAGCUCUCAUGGCAAACAGUCGUAAUUACGAUGAGUUAGUGGCAGGAUGGAAAGGAUGGAGGAAGGCUACUGGAAAACAGAUGAAAGACCUUUACGCUGAGUUUGUAGAACUAAGAAAUGAAGGCGCAAAAAUUUCAGGACGAUACAAUGACACUGCAGACAGCUGGAUAUCAUCAUAUGAGUCUGACACUUUUGAAAAAGACCUUAUAGAACUGUUGGUCCAGCUACAGCCACUCUAUAAUGAACUACACACAUAUGUAAGGUUCAAGUUACAAGAGGUCUACAAAGAUCAUAAGUUCCCAGCAACAGGACAUAUUCCUGCACAUUUAUUAGGAAACAUGUGGUCCCAAACAUGGGACAAUAUACUAGAAAUUGUCCAGCCAUUUAAAAAUAAAACAUCAGUGGAUGUUACAUCUGCUUUGAAGGAACAGAAUUAUACAGUACACAGGAUGUUUAAAACUGCAGAAGACUUCUUUGUGUCUCUGGGAUUAAAGCCGAUGCCAGAAACAUUUUGGAACAACUCCAUGUUUGAAAGACCACCUGAUAGAAAAGUUGUUUGUCAUGCUUCAGCCUGGGAUUUUUUGAAUGGAAAGGACUUCAGGAUCAAGAUGUGUACAUCAGUCAACAUGGACGACUUGAUAACGAUCCAUCAUGAGAUGGGCCAUAUACAGUACUACUUACAGUAUACAGAUAAACCAUUACUAUUCAAAGGGGGUGCUAAUCCUGGUUUCCAUGAGGCUGUAGGAGAUGUAAUGGCUUUAUCUGUGGCCACACCUAAACAUCUACAUAAGAUUGGUUUAUUGGAUAAAGUGGAGGAUGAUAAUGAGAAUGUUAUAAAUUUUUUGAUGAGCCAAGCAUUAAGUAAGAUAGCCUUUCUUCCUUUCGGAUACUUAAUGGAUCAAUGGAGAUGGAGUGUGUUUAGAGGGGAAACACCUAAAGACAAGUAUAAUACAAAAUGGUGGGAGUUAAGAUGUAAAUUCCAAGGAAUAUCACCUCCAGUAGAAAGAACAGAAGAGGACUUUGAUCCUGGAGCAAAGUACCAUAUUCCUGGAAAUACUCCUUAUAUCAGAUACUUUGUGAGUUAUGUGAUACAGUUCCAGUUCCAUAAAGCUUUAUGUAAGGCUGCUGGACAUUCAGGACCAUUACAUGAGUGUGACAUCUACAACUCUACAGCUGCUGGAAAACUCUUAGGGGAUAUGCUGAAAAUGGGCAAGUCAAAACCGUGGCCUGAAGCUAUGAAAGCCAUUACAAAGCAAUCUAAAAUGGAUGUAUCUGCAAUCUUAGAAUACUUUGCACCCCUUAUUGAAUGGUUGAAAGAACAAAAUAAAGGUCAAAGGUCAGGUUGGACUGAUUCCUGUCCUAAUCCUGUGUCUGGGAAGCUUACAGAUGAGGAAUCAGCAUGGUCAUAUGUGAAUGAGUACAACACAAUGGUACAAGAUGUGAAUUCUAAACAAGGAGAAAUUGAUUGGUCUUAUGCCACAAAUAUUACAGAUUACAACCAAGAAGUAUCGGUAAAUUAUAGUGUGACAGUAGCUAAUUUUGAAAAAGAAGCUUACAGGAAUGCCAGCAUGUAUGAAUGGAAAAAUUUCAAAAAUGAGACUUUAAAAAGAUUAUUUAAAAAGAUUACAGACAUAGGAACUAGUGCACUGGAAGAUAAGGAAAAGCUACAUGAUCUGAGUAAUGUUGUAGCUAACAUGGAAACAAUUUAUAGUAAAGCCAAUGUUUGUUUGUCUGAUGGAAACUGUCACCAGAUAGAACCAGGUCUGACAAGACUUUUAACCUCCAGUGGUAAUACAUCUGAACAUUACCAUCUCUUAGCCGAGGCCUGGCAGAAAUGGAGAGAUAAUACAGGAAAGAAAAUGAAAGCAGAUUACCAGAAAAUGGUUCAAAUUAGUAAUGAAGCCAUCAAUGUGUUAGGCUAUAAUAACACUGGAGAUUAUUGGCGAUCAGGAUAUGAAACAUCAACUUUCAGACAAGAUUUGGAAAAUUUAUUACAAGAGUUAUCUCCCUUGUAUGAAAAUUUACAUGCAUAUGUAAGAAGGAAAUUAAAGCAGAGAUAUGGAUCCCAAUAUUUCCCGCAAUCAGGACACAUACCAGCACAUUUAUUUGGAAAUAUGUGGGCCCAGCAGUGGAAUAACAUCUAUGAUAUACUUAUUCCUUUUGAAGGUAAAGCAGGAAUAGAUGUUACACCUGUGUUAAAACAACAGAAUAAAACAGCAUUAGACCUGUUCAAAAUUGCAGAGGAAUUUUUUGUGUCACUAGGAUUGAAGAAAAUGCCCGAGACCUUUUGGAAUAAGUCCAUGAUUACAAAACCUUUAGAUGGUAGAGAGGUGGUGUGUCAUGCAUCGGCCUGGGAUUUCUAUAAUCAAAAAGAUUUUAGGAUCAAAAUGUGCACAGACAUUAAUAUGGAGGACUUGAUCACUAUACAUCAUGAGAUGGGCCAUAUACAGUACUACUUACAGUACAAAGAUUUACCAGUUCCAUUUAGAAGGGGAGCAAACUCUGGUUUCCAUGAGGCUGUAGGAGAUGUACUGGCCUUGUCUGUAUCUACACCUAAACAUCUAAACAAGAUUGGAUUACUGGAUAAGUUAGACAGUGAUUUAGAAGCAGAUCUGAAUUUCUUGAUGUCUAUGGCCUUGGACAAGAUAGCUUUCUUACCUUUUGGAUAUCUCAUAGACCAAUGGAGAUGGAGUGUAUUUAGUGGGGAGACAACUCCUGAUGAAUACAACCAAAAAUGGUGGGAUCUCAGAUGUAAAUUCCAAGGAAUAUCACCUCCAGUUAAGAGAAGUAAAGAUGACUUUGACCCUGGAGCAAAGUACCAUAUUCCAGCAAAUGUUCCAUACAUCAGAUAUUUUGUUAGUUUUGUGAUACAGUUCCAGUUCCAUGAAGCUUUAUGUAAUGCUGCUGGGCAUAGAGGACCUCUCUAUCAGUGUGAUAUUUACCAGUCCAAAGAAGCUGGUCAACUUUUAGGGGACAUGCUUAGACUUGGAUCAUCUAAACCCUGGCAAGAAGCCAUGGAACAGAUCACUGGACAGAGAGCAAUGAGUGCCAAGUCUUUGAUGAAAUACUUUGAACCUCUAACUAAAUGGCUGACAGAACAAAAUGCUGGUGGUGAGGACAUUGGAUGGGGAGAAGAAUGCCCUGAUCCUGUCUCAGUAGAAACAGACAUUAACAAAGCCAAUAAGUGGCUAGCAGAAUAUAAUACAAAGGCUCAGACUGAGUACAAUAAAGCUACUAUUGCUGACUGGAACUAUGCUGCUAAUAUAACUGACGUAAAUCAACAAAAACAGCUUGAAGCUAAAGAUGUAUUUGCACAGUUCCAGCAGGAAAUGGCAAAGGGGGCAUCAGAAUUUGACUGGAAAACAUUCCCAGCUGACAUGGAACGUCAGUUCAGUAAGAUUUCAGAUAUUGGAACAAGUGCUCUGUCUGACAAGUCAAAGCUUAGAGAGAUGAAUAAAGCCCAGUCAGAUAUAGAAGGUAUUUAUGGUAAAGGAACUGUGUGUAUGUCUGAAGGAAAAUGUCUGUCUUUGGAACCAGAUUUAUUAGAACUGAUAGCUACAUCAAGGAAUUAUACGGAACUGUUGACAGCAUGGAAAGGAUGGAGGGAUAAUACAGGAAAGAAAAUGAAAACACAAUAUGCCAGAUUUGUACAACUCAGUAAUGAGGGUGUACAAGAACUGGGAUAUGAAGACACAGGUGAUUACUGGAGAUCAUGGUAUGAAUCUCCUACAUUCCAGGGAGAUUUAAAGGACCUGUUAGAACAGUUACGUCCCCUGUAUGAACAAUUACAUGGAUAUGUAAGGGGCAAACUGAUGGAACAGUAUGGAGCUGAACAUUUCUCUGAGUCAGGACAUAUCCCUGCACAUUUGUUAGGCAACAUGUGGGCUCAAGAAUGGAAUAAUAUUUAUGAUAUUGUUAUGCCAUACAAAGGAAAAGUUAGUGUCGACAUCACUCCACAACUCAGGGCUCAGAACUAUACAGUUGAAAGAAUGUUUAGAACAGCAGAAGAAUUCUUCAAGUCCUUAAACUUAACAGCAAUGCCAGAUUUAUUCUGGAAGAACUCUGUACUAAAGAAACCAAAAGAUAGAGAAAUUGUCUGUCAUGCCUCAGCUUGGGAUUUCUAUGACCAAAAAGAUUUCAGAAUUAAGAUGUGCACAGAUAUUACAAUGGAACAUUUAGUAACUAUCCAUCAUGAGAUGGGACAUAUACAGUACUACCUACAAUAUAGAGACCAACCUGUAGUAUACAGAGAUGGAGCUAACCCUGGAUUUCAUGAAGGAAUAGGAGAUGUAAUGGCAUUGUCUGUAGCUACACCUAAACAUCUUAAAACAAUUGGUCUGUUAGAUAAAGAGGAAAAGGAUCAUGAAGCAGAAAUCAACUUCUUGCUAAAAGUUUCCUUGGAAAAAAUAGCUUUCUUACCAUUUGGAUACCUCAUUGACCAAUGGAGAUGGAGUGUUUUUAGUGGGGAGACAACUCCUGAUAAAUACAACCAAAAAUGGUGGGACCUCAAAUGCCAAUAUCAAGGUAUAGCACCACCUAUAGUUAGAUCAGAAGAAGAUUUUGAUCCAGGAGCCAAAUAUCACAUUCCUGCAAACACUCCUUAUAUUAGAUACUUUGUAAGUUUUGUAGUCCAGUUCCAGUUCCACAAGGCCCUAUGUGAUGCUGCAGGCUAUACUGGUCCAUUACAUAAAUGUGAUAUUUAUAGAUCACAUGCUGCAGGCAAAAAAUUAGGGGAUAUGUUGAAAAUGGGAUCAUCUAAACCAUGGUCAGAAGCAAUGGAAGUUUUAACAGGACAAAGUAAAAUGAACGCCAGUGCUCUUAUAGACUACUUCAAACCCCUCACUGAUUGGCUGAAGACAGAAAAUAGUAAUAAAGGUUAUAAAGUAGGCUGGGACACGGCAUGCCCGGUCAGUUCUGUUCCUAACCAAAUGACAUUAGAACUUAAUCAGGCUAAGAAAUGGCUGACAGAAUACAACACUGCUGCUGAACAUGCUCUGUAUGUUCAAACUGAGGCUGAGUGGGCAUACACAUCAAAUAUAACUGACGAAAACCAGGUGAAACAGAUUGCUGCUAGACUGGUUUUAGCUAAGUUCAAUAAAGAAGCAGCCCACAAUGCAUCAAUGUUCAAGUGGCAGACAUUUAAUGAUGAGUCGGUGAAGCGACAGUUUGAAAGCAUUGCAGAUAUAGGAACUGAUGGUUUGUCAGAUGAAAAUAAACUAAAACAACUGAACAGUUUGCAGUCAGAUAUUGAGGGAAUAUAUGGUAAAGGCCAAGUAUGUUUGACUGAACAAAAUUGUCUGCCCUUGGAGCCAGAUUUGUAUGAAAUGAUGGCUAAGUCAAAAGAUUAUGAUGAACUGCUGAAGAUUUGGAAAGGAUGGAGAGAUGCAACUGGCAGAAAGAUGAAAGAUAAAUAUGCUCAAUUUGUCGAGCUAAGUAAUGAAGGCAUUAAAGAAUUAGGGUUUUACAAUGACACUGGAGAAUUUUGGAGGUCCUGGUACGAAUCCUCUACUUUCCAACAAGAUCUUCAACAUUUGUUAGAUCAACUGAAACCUUUGUAUGAACAGCUUCAUACUUAUGUUAGACGUAAACUCCAGGACAAAUAUGGAAGAGACAAGUUUCCAGCAUCUGGUCAUAUCCCAGCCCAUCUCCUAGGUAAUAUGUGGGCUCAGGAAUGGCAGAAUUUGUAUGAUAUCAUGAUACCUUAUAAAGGUAAAUCAAAUGUGGAUGUAACAUCUCAAAUGCGGUCACAGAAUUACACAGCACUGAGGAUGUUCCAGACGGCAGAAGAAUUUUUCACAUCAUUAGGAUUGCAGUCAAUGCCUAAGGAAUUCUGGGACAAAUCGAUCAUAGAGAAACCAGCAGACCGUGAAAUUGUUUGUCAUGCUUCAGCAUGGGACUUUUACAAUAGAAAGGACUUUAGGAUUAAAAUGUGUACAGCUGUGAACAUGGAAGAUCUUAUCACUAUUCAUCAUGAGAUGGGACAUAUUCAGUACUUCUUGCAAUAUAAAGAUAAACCUGUAACCUUCAGAGAUGGAGCAAAUCCUGGUUUCCAUGAAGCAGUAGGUGAUGUUUUAGCACUAUCUGUUGCCACACCAAAACAUCUACAGAAAAUAAAACUGUUAGAUACCGUGGAAAAUGAUAAAGAGAGUGACAUUAACUUUUUAAUGAAGAUGGCUUUAGAAAAGAUAGCUUUCCUUCCUUUUGGAUAUCUCAUGGACCAAUGGCGAUGGAGUGUAUUUAGUGGGGAGACAACUCCUGAUGAUUACAAUCAGAAAUGGUGGGAUCUUAGAUGUAAAUAUCAAGGAAUAGCACCCCCAGUAGAAAGAACAGCAGAAGAUUUUGAUCCUGGAGCAAAAUAUCAUAUUCCAGGAAAUACACCAUAUAUAAGAUAUUUUAUAAGUUUUGUUGUUCAGUUCCAAUUCCAAAAAGCUUUAUGUGAAACUGCUGGUCAUACUGGUCCAUUACAUACUUGUGACAUAUACAGGUCUAAAGAAGCAGGGGAUAAAUUAGGUGCAAUGCUAAGACUUGGAUCCUCAAAACCAUGGCCAGAGGCAAUGAUGGCAAUCACAGGACAACCUAACAUGGAUGCUAAACCUAUCAUUGAUUACUUCAUACCUCUUAUUGAUUGGCUUAAAGAACAAAAUAAGGGAGAUAACCCAGGUUGGAGUGAGACAUGUUCCGUAACACAACUACCACCAUCAAUAGGAAAGGUAGAAGAAUGGCUAACACAGUAUGAGAAACAGGCCACAGUAGCAUAUGAUAAAGCUUACAAGGCAGAAUGGGCCUACACAUCUAAUAUAACAAGCAAGACAAAGGCUGCUUAUACUAGAUCACAAGUAGAGUUAGCUCAUUUUGAGAAACAGAUGUAUAAUGAAGCCUCACAGUACGACUGGCAAUCUUUUUACAAUACAACACAGAAGAGAUUGUUUAAAGCCAUCACAAACAUAGGAACAAGUGCCCUAUCAGAUAUGAAUCAGCUUGAGCAGCUGAAGGGGUUGUUAUCAGACAUGUCUGGUAUCUAUGGUAAUGGAAAGGUGUGUUUAUCUGAUGACGUAUGUCACAAAUUAGAACCAGAUUUAUAUGAAAUUUUAGCAGAGUCUACAGAUUAUGACAAGUUAUUAGCUGUAUGGAAGGGAUGGAGAGAUGUGUGUCGUGUAAUGAAACCUAAAUAUGUGGAAUAUGUUUAUCUCAGUAACAAAGCCAUCAGGGAAUUAGGCUAUAAUGAUUAUGGGGAUUACUGGAGGUCUCACUAUGACGUACCAACAUUUGAAGAAGAUUUGGAGAAUUUACUUAAACAACUACAGCCUCUUUACCAGAACCUACAUACAUAUGUCCGUAGUAAACUGAUGACAGUGUAUGGAGAGGAUAAGUUCCCUGAGUCUGGACAUAUACCUGCUCAUUUAUUAGGUAACAUGUGGGGCCAGCAUUGGAAUAACAUCUAUCAUUUACUUGUACCAUUUAAAAAUAAAGAAGACAUUGAUGUCACACAAGCCAUGAGAGAUCAGGGAUAUACACCAAGGAAAAUGUUUGAAGUGGCAGAAGAAUUUUUCACAUCAUUGGGACUGGAAAAGAUGCCAUCAACAUUCUGGAAUGAUACCAUAAUGGUAAAUCCUCCUGGUGUACAAAUGGUCUGCCAUGCUUCAGCUUGGGAUUUCUAUAAUAGAAAGGACUUUAGAAUAAAGAUGUGUACUACAGUAACCAUGGAGAAUUUAUUUGUUAUCCACCAUGAGAUGGGUCAUGUACAGUACUUCUUGCAGUAUAAAAAUCAACCAGUGAAAUUCAGGGAGGGUGCUAACAGUGGAUUCCAUGAAGCUAUAGGAGAUGUUAUGGCACUGUCUGUUUCUACUCCUGAACAUUUACAUAAAAUAAAUCUGUUAGAAAAAGUAGAAAAUGAUGAAGAGGCUGAUAUAAACUUUUUGAUGCAGAGAGCAUUAGACAAAGUAGCAUUUUUACCAUUUGGAUACCUAAUAGAUAAAUGGAGAUGGAGUGUGUUUAGUCGUGAGACAAUACCAGCUAGAAUGAAUGAUAAAUGGUGGCAAUUAAGAUGCAGAUAUCAGGGUAUUUCUCCCCCUGUAAAGAGAACAGAUGAUGAUUUUGAUCCUGGAUCAAAAUAUCACAUUCCUGCAAAUGUGGCUUACAUAAGAUAUUUUAUAAGUUAUGUGGUACAGUUCCAGUUUCAUAAAGCUUUAUGUGAUGCUGCAGGACAUACCGGACCAUUACAUAGAUGUGAUAUUUACAGAUCUAAAGAAGCUGGUAAACUAUUAAGUGAUAUGUUAAAACUAGGAUCCUCAGUAUCUUGGCCUGAAGCUAUGGAGAAAUUAACAGGACAACGUAAAAUGGAUGUAGGUCCAAUCCUAGAAUACUUCCAACCUUUACAAGAUUGGUUGGAGAAACAGAACUAUAAUCAGCGACCUGGAUGGUCACAAGCUUGCCCAGUUGAUGACCAGAUAGCAAAGAAGGCACAUCUAGUUAGCUGUGAUAAUUAUGCAAACUCAUUGCAAAAUAAUAGCAAUCUAUAUGUAUUAUGUAUUUUUUUAAUAUAUGUAUAUGUAUACCGGUAUGUGUGAUAAGGAUCCUAUGUUGAUGUUGAAUUAUAUUUUAAUUGGACCACCAAAUGUCAAGAUAAAUAAUUACCUGUAUGGACUUCUGAUUACUCUGUUUUAAUCUAUUCAAAUAUGCAGAGUUGUUAAGGUGGCUGGAAAGGAUCAAAAGUUAAUUCCCAUUGAAUUUUAGUUAAGUAAGAAUAAAAUAUGACUAUAGUUAAAUCAUUCUCUGCUAAGUAUGUCAAAUUUUCAAAUAUGGAUAGAAUAAAACUGUGCGAUUCAAUUAUCAUGUAAGACUUCCAAAUUUAAUUUAAGAUAAAAGCAUUUUGAAAAAUUAAUAUGAGUAUCCAACAUAUCUGGCAAAGGUUCUGUUGCAAUGUUUUUUACAUCAUCCUUAAGGUGGAUAAUUUUGAGAAUUUUCUUGUCAUCAGCUCUAUAAUUAAUGGUAUGUAACAUUUAUGCAUAUAUUUUACAUAAUUAACAGUUGCAAUUUUAUUUAUCAUUUUAAGUGAUUGAGAUGACAGUGGGAUAGCUAUCAACUAUUCAAACUCAUAAGUGGGAGAUUCCUUUCCAUUGAAAACUUUUCAGUUGAAGAUUUUUGGUCAAACCUAUUUCACAUUAUUGUCUAUGAUAUUUUAUGUUACUUUUGCUGUAAAAUUACCAAUGCUUAAAAUUUUCCUUACUAUCAAAAUUUGUUUGAAUUCCAAUCAUUAAUAAAGUAAUGGACUAGAACAACAUUACAGGUAGCUUGGGUAGUCUACAUCGUUAAAACAAAUGUAGUUUUGACUAUAUCUUGUCCAUUUUUACCUUACAUUCAGCAACCUAUGGAGAAAAAAUGAUGAAAGUGAUGACUUUUUUCUCCAAAGAAUCAGCCAGACUUCUAUAUUCUCACCUGAGAUAUGUCAAUAGAAAUAUAACAAAUAUUAAGCAGAUUUUAAUAUUUUGUUCUGUAUAUGUAUGUGUUUUAUGAGAAAAAACCUGAUUUAUGCAAGCCAUGUGAUUGAUAUGGUGCUUUUGUAUACAAAAUCAUUGCUAAAUUGUUGUUUCCUAUAUUUUAAAUGUCAAUGGUUAUUGUUAAUAUGUAUUGUUUAAUCUUAACAUAACAAUGUAAAUAAAUAUCAGUCAUAA